UUACAGCUGUGAAGGCUUGCAGCUGAAGUAAACACAGUAACUGCUAGAAACUCAGCUGUUGAAUGAGCCGGAAGUAUGGAGUUUGCCCAGAAACCUGAUUGAAGGGAUUCAUGCACGGAAUAUAGAAAAGAUGAGAUGGAAAUGACAACAACCAACAUGCUCAAGGGCUUUGAAGAGGAAAAAGAGUUUGAGGAUGAAUCAUAACUUACAAAACGGACAAGUUCACAUUUUCUCAUGUCAUACCCCAUCUGCCAAAUUUGAUGCAAGUUGGACAAAUCUAAGAGAGCUGUCAGAUCCUCUUGGAGAAAACCGAUGGUUAUAACAUUGACGUGUGAACGUGUGCAGCUGCUACUACACUUGUCUAUUUUGGAGUGAAAACGUUUCAAUCAAUCCUAUGGUCUACAUGAUAAGAUAAGGUUGAAGAUGAGCUGGAAAUGACCACAGUUUGCCAUCGGCCUGAGGGCUUACGACAACUACAGGCCCAGACCAACUUCAGCAAGCGAGAGCUUCAGGUGCUCUACAGGGGCUUUAAGAACGAAUGUCCCAGCGGAGUUGUCAAUGAGGAGACCUUUAAGCAGAUUUACUCACAGUUCUUUCCACAGGGAGAUGCCAGCAUGUAUGCACAUUACCUCUUCAAUGCUUUUGACAGUGCCCAUAAUGGAUCCAUAAAAUUCGAGGACUUUGUGAUGGCUCUGUCAGUGUUACUGAGGGGUACGGUUCAUGAGAAGCUCAGAUGGACAUUUAACCUCUAUGACAUUAAUAAGGAUGGAUAUAUCAACAAAGAGGAGAUGACUGACAUUGUGAGAGCUAUCUACAACAUGAUGGGGAAGUACACCUAUCCUGUGCUCAAGGACGAUGCUCCACGCCAUCAUGUGGAUGUCUUUUUUCAGAAAAUGGAUAAGAACAAAGAUGGUGUGGUAACGAUGGAUGAGUUUAUAGAAUCUUGCCUCCAGGAUGAAAAUAUCACGAGAUCUUUGCAACUCUUUGAAAAUGUGAUGUAGCCAUUCAGAUGGUGAAAAUGCGGAGCUCCCAGACAGUGGGAUAUUCACCAGACAAUUUGAGAGAGGGGUUCUGCCUGGACCUUUCCUCUGUUUAUGCAUGCUUCCUGCUGGAGUAGUGUCUAACCAGAAAGAGAUUCUGACACAAUGUUUUCUACAACAAAAAGCCCAUAAACGUGCAAAGAACUUAACAAACCAUUUUUGAUGAAAGCAAGAUGCAAUGUCAAAGUGUGUAAAUGGGAAUCAGAGAUUAUUUCAACAGCUGGUGUAUUAAUCUGACUGCUAUCCAAACAAACUCCGAGCACAAGUGUGGAACUCAAUACAUUCCAUUUACCUUUAUUCCUUUCCUUUUAUCUUUACACAUUUUCUUUGUUUCUUAUUCCUUCCUCCCUGCCUCAUUUUUCACUCUUUCUCCUGCAAUUGUCUUGCUUAUUUCUUAUUGUCUGUUGCUUUUAUUAUUUGUCUGCCCAUCAGCCCAUCUCUCUCUUAUCUUUGACUGUUUACUCCCUUCAGUCCUCAAUUCUGCCCUUGUUUCUUUCUUAUUCACCCUUUUAAUUUCUUGCUUCUUUCCCAUACUCUUUCUUUCUCUUUCCAUUUCUGCCAAACUUGUCUUGUUCCUCUCUGUACUCCUGUGUCCCUUCCACUUUCUCGAUCAGUCCUCCUUUCAUCUAGACACCAGCAGCUCACUGUUCUCCAUAUUGCGUAGGCUCCAUUUUUUCCUCUUCAAGAUGUCAUCAGCUAUCUUAAAUUCAAUUUUUUGAUUGUUUUAUUUUCUGUUUCUUAGACCUGGAUUCAUCAGAUUGAGCACUUUUUAUAAGUCUGCCUUUCUCAAACCCAGAAUGAAGCAAAAUGGCCAAUGCAAUUGUAAAUUAUUGUUUUGUAUACACUCUGCAAAGCAAUGGGCAGAGAUUGGCAUGGACUCUGACAGCUGUGAUAUUUCGCUGAAUGUAAGAUGUCAAAUAUGUUCUGCCACGUCAUUCGUUGUUAGUAUUAUAUGUCAUUAAAUGAAUAAAUUCUUGGACCGUUUCUUGGA